AACCGCACACUUUCAGCCCCAGCUCCGGACGGGACUCCCACGCCGCUCGCUGUUAUCUCUCCUCCAAACUUCUCCGUGUCUUUCCACAACUUUUCACAACUUGUCACAUCUCUGCACAAGUCCGAGACGGCAGAGUUGGCUGCAUGGCUACAUGAAAGUUUCAUGGACUUGGAUGUUGGAAAACUUUUAGCGACGCUUUACUGGAGCUCGUCGCCUCUAUAGUUACUGUGGAUUACUGACAUACCGCAGGACCUUUGGCAGCUAUUUAUUGGGGGUAUAUCACCGAGUCUUCUGCAGAGGUCUGAGCCGAGAUGGGGAGCAAAGCCCUGCACGCUCCGAUCCCCCUGCACCCAGCUCUCCAGCUCACAAACUACUCCUUCCUGCAGGCCGUCAACACUUUCCCCGCCGACCAGCUGCAGGGACUGUACGGCCUGAGCGCGGUGCAAACCAUGCACAUGAACCACUGGACUCUUGGCUACCCGCACAUGCAAGGACUGAGGUCGACGAUCACGGCAGCCGCCCAGGGUCUGGUGGACCCCCGGAUUCCCUUCCCAGCGUUACCCUUCACCGCCGCGCAGCUCUUCCAUCCGAAACAAGCCACCGUUACGCACGGCAUCCCCUCGCUGCACAAGGACAGGCCGAGGUUUGACUUCGCCAACCUGGCCCUCGCUGCCACUCAGGAGGACCCACCGAAAGGUGCGGAUCUGGCAAAGUUGGCAUCGGGACUAGGGGGAACCAUCUCCGAGCUGAGCAAGCUGUCCCCGGACAGAAAGCCUACCCGGGGCAGGCUCCCAUCCAAGACUAAAAAGGAAUUUAUUUGCAAGUUCUGCGGCAGGCAUUUCACCAAGUCCUACAACCUCCUCAUUCACGAGAGGACCCACACAGACGAGCGGCCCUAUACCUGUGAUAUUUGCCACAAGGCAUUCAGAAGACAGGACCAUCUCAGAGACCACAGAUACAUCCACUCCAAGGAAAAACCAUUCAAAUGUCAAGAAUGUGGGAAAGGAUUCUGUCAGUCUCGAACUCUAGCCGUCCAUAAAACCUUACACAUGCAGGAGUCUCCCCACAAAUGCCCCACAUGCGGAAGAACCUUUAAUCAAAGAAGUAACCUGAAAACUCACCUUCUCACCCAUACAGACAUCAAGCCCUACAGCUGUGGCCGCUGCGGAAAGGUGUUUCGGCGCAACUGUGACUUGCGACGGCACAGUUUGACGCACAGCCCACAUCAGGACUACUAGCCUGGACAGACUAACAAAAUAACAAUGGACAAAACGCAGAAAGACAAAUCAGCGGCUUUUUUUUUUUUUGUUUUGUUUUUUUGUUUUGUUUCGUUCAAAGACAUUCUCCAAAUCAGGACGUUUACUGCAGCACGCUUUUACAGUGGAAUUUCGGUCGCACCUCAAGUGGAACAGCAGCGAGCGGAGCCAGUUUUCACUCCACCUGUAAAUAUCAAGACCAUGUACAUAAUGUUUUGUUUUUUUUUAUUUUCCUUUCUGUCUUUGAAAUGACAAGGUUGUCAAAAAAACAGUCAUAAGUUUAAAAUAUGUUCAUUGUAUUUUAGAAAUAAAUAUUUCCAUGAUA